UCAAAAGGCAAUUACUAUGUCGGAGGGGGAGAAGAUGAGCGCCAAAAUGGUUAUCACGUGCCAAACACGUGCCUUUCCAAGGGCUACAAUUGAUUUUCAAAAUACAUUAACCAAACACGCCCCAACUUUAUUUCGCCUUUUCGUAUACUUGAGUGCAUUUUGUAGUUCAAUUUAGCUUCGAACUUGAGUGAAAAAGGCUCUAACAAUCUGAGUGAGAGAGAGUAUGGCGAUAAUGGAGGAAGAUUCCCCAAAACGGCGUCGUGUUGGGCUGAUGUACGACGACAGAAUGUGUAAACAUGCAGACCCAGUUGACGACGACCACGUCGAAAACCCCAAUCGAAUUCGCGCCAUUUGGGACAAGCUCAACGCCUCUGGCCUUGCUCAAAGAUGUAUAGUUUCAAACGGUAAGGAAGCAAAGGAUAAUCAUUUAGCUUUAGUCCACUCCGAAAAGCACAUUAAAUUGAUUAAGAACAUUAGUUCUAGAAAGAAAUCAACAAUGAAGAGAACAGCUUUCAUCAUAAGCUUAACUCUGCAAAUCUGCUUUCGUAGGUUGCAGAGAAAGUUGCCAAAGGAGAACUCGAUUCUGCAUUUGCUAUUGUAA